GCGCCCGCCAACCUUUCCCACCACUUCACUCUCCAUUCCAUAUUUCAAGUCAAACAAACCGCACACGUAGUAGGGUCUGCACCAUGGACGAUUCUGAGCGACGCAGCGCAAAGCGCUCUCGGUUCGACCAGACCGAGCCUGAGCCCCGACGUCACUCGCGUUUCGACCGACGAUCGCGCUCCCCGCCGGCCACCAAGCGAGAGCCUGGUCGCGAUCGCAGUCCUCUCUCAGGCACUAGAGAUGUCAGAAGCGAGACACCAGAUCACAAGCCCGCUAUCGAUCCCGCUGCAGCCGCUGCUGCUGCCGCGGCGAAAAUCAACGCGCAGCUCCAGGCUCGCAAAGGCAUACAGCAUGUGGAUGUCCCGCCCAUCAGAUCGAGCUCUGCCACGGCCAAGGAUGGUAGCACCACGCCUGCUAAGAUCAACGGCGAGGUCUAUAUUUCGGACGGGGACUACAUCAAGGAUAUCGAGGUCAACGAUCUUCGCAACCGAUAUCUGCUGACCAAGAGCUCGACUCAGAAAAUGAUUAAAGAAGAGACUGGUGCCGAUGUCACCACUCGUGGAGCCUACUUGCCCGACAAGAGCAUGGCAACCCCUAUUAACCCGCCUCUUUAUCUACACGUCACGAGCACUACCAAGGAAGGCCUAGACAAGGCUGUCGCUAAGAUAGAGGAGCUCAAGCAGCAGGAGCUCCCGCAGCUUGUCGACGAGCGACGUUUCCGUCGCCGAGACCAAGAGCAGCAGCAACCCCCCCGGGAGCGCGAGGACCGCCGCGUGCCGUGGCCCGAGGAGCGGAUCCCCAUCAAUCUCGAGUCGGUCCCGGGCUUCAACUUGCGGGCCCAGAUUGUCGGAUCUGGCGGCUCAUACGUCAAGCACAUCCAGAACGAAACUAACUGUCGCGUCCAAAUCAAAGGACGUGGUUCCGGGUAUUGGGAGGGCCAGUCUGGCCAAGAGAGCGACGAUGACAUGUAUCUGCAUGUUGCGGGUGCGGAUCCGGAAAAUGUCAAGAGAGCCAAGGAGCUCUGCGAGGAUCUGCUGGCCAAUGUCAAGCAGGAGUUGGAAGACUACAAGAACCGCCCGCCGCGCAACAACUACGGUGAUAGAGGCGGAUACGGAGACCGCCCGAACAGAGGCCCAAACAACCACUCCAACAACUCGUAUCAAGGAUACAACAACAACAGUCACCACCAGAACAACGCGCACAACUAUGGGAACUCGGCAGCCCCUACAGCAGCUUCUACAUCGCCCACUACGCCGGCCGGCAAUCCUACAGCAGCUGCAGACUAUGCUAGCCAAUAUGCCCAGUACGCCCAGUAUUACGGCGGCGGUGACCAAAAUGGUGCCGCUGACCCCUAUGCCGCAUAUGGCGGAUACGAAGCAUACUAUGCAAUGUACCAGCAAUGGUAUGCAGCACAAAACCCCGUUGCAGCAGCACCUCCUGGCAUGUCAGCGUUGGCGCCCCCCCCUCCUCUUGAGGCGGCACCACCCCCGCCGCCACCCUCGGUGGCAGCUCCCCCGCCUCCUCCGCCUGGUGGUCCAUCCAGGACAGGUGGUUACAAUGCCGUCCCUCCACCCCCUGGUCUCUAGUGGAAGACCACGAUUAUUGGAAGGAUGUGAUACAUCGCCUGGGUCAUU